GGUUGGAGGCGCUACCCCUAGUGCCCCUAGGGCAGGCCAAGUGAUCCCUAGUACCCCAAGUGUCGUGAGCAAUAAAUGUGUUAUUUCGUGUGACAUUUUUUGAACUUGGGAGUAAAUUUACGUCGCAUCUUAUAUCCUGAUAAAGAAUGGCGAGUACAGCUAUUGUGGCUGGUGUUGGCAUUGCCAUUGUCGGCUUCGGGGGUCGUUACAUUAUCAGAUCCAUGCCAACUCUCUCUAAAAAGAUGUCGGAAGCUCUCAAAUCGCUUCCCAAACUUGACUCCCAGUCACUGGCAAAUAGUAAAUACCACAAGGGUGGAUUUGAACCAACAAUGACGAAAAGGGAAGCCAGUCUGAUUCUGGGUGUCUCUCCUACAGCUAACAAGGCUAAAGUUAAGGAACAGUUUAAAAAAGUAAUGUCUGCCAAUCAUCCGGACAGAGGAGGAUCCCCCUACAUAGCUGCCAAAGUAAACGAGGCAAAGGAUAUGCUGGAAAAGUAAUGCAACUAAAAUUUCUUUGUACAUAAUUAGAAAAAUAACCGACAUGUAAAUAAUUGACGUGAAUACACUGCACCUGAUUAUUACCCAAUAUAAAUUAUUAUUAGAUCAUGAGCAAUAAACUGAAGCCUCAUAUCAAUUGCAAAA